AUGGGCAUCAAAAACGCUUUUGAGCGAUCUUCGUUCGCUAGUGCUAUGAUAUACGCAUUUGCCGGCAUUCCCAUGACGUGGGACCAGGUAUCUUCCGCCACCCUUCCCUCCUUGCCAGGAUUCGACAACCAGUUCCAUAUCUCGUCAGGCUCCGAUGCGGAAGCAAUCUCGACCUACGUGUCAAUAAUCUACAUUGGCUAUGCCGUUGGUGCGGCGUUGUCAUUUUUUGUGAACGACCGAAUAGGCCGCCGAUGGGCCUUUCGGCUAUACUCCCUGGUUCUCAUCAUCGGUCAGAUGAUUGUGGUGGGUGCUCCUAACAUAGGCGCCCUCUAUGCUGCCCGCAUCAUCACGGGGAUGGGAAUUGGCUCCCUCAGUGUAAUUGGACCCAUGAGCAUCGUUGAGAUAUCCCCAAAAGAGAUACGUGGUCUACUCACGGCGAUGUACACCGUGUCCAUGGGAAUCGCCUUGACCUCUGCCAGCUUUUGUGUGCUGGGCAUCCACAGGAACGUCCCCAGCGGCAAACUGCAAUACCAGAUUCCAGCCUUCUCGAUAUCCAUCUUCCUGGCCCUGUGUAUUGCUAGCAGCUUCUGUAUUUGCGAGUCACCUCGAUGGCUCAUGAUGGUCGGGCGCAGAGAGGAGGCAGUCCAAACUCUCGUCAACCUUCGACACAUGCCUGCUGAUCACCCCUUGAUUAUCGGCGAAGCGCAUGAUAUUGAGCUCUCACUUAUCAUGGAUUGGGGCGAUGUCCAUGGUAGCUCAACCCUUUGGCUGGCCGUCAAGGAGACCUUCACGGUAUCCUCCAACUUGCGCCGUUUGCAGCAGGUUGGCAUGUACGGAUUCUCCAAACUCAUCUUCAGCAUCAUUGCUGCCUUCUUCAUCAUUGACAUUCUCGGUCGUCGAAAGUCGUUGUUUAUUGGCAUCACCGCUCAGAUGUUUUCACAUAUCUACAUAGGCGUGUUCAUCAGGUACGAACAGCAGGGCGCCGUUCCCAGGGUAGCUUCAACGUUCGCCAUCGUCGCACUAUUUAUCCACGCAAAGAUGACUUCUUUCAUUUGCGAAAGCCCGUAG